AUGAGUCGCCCUCCAGUUGCUUCUCGCAACCCAUUCGUGCCGCCUCCGAAUACCGUAACAUUCUCCGCGGCCUCGUGGUCUUCGCAAGGUCUCACUUUCAACGUUUUAUUCAGCAUCACGAAUCGAAGCAGACAAUUUGCUAUGGACCAAGAUAUUCAAUCCAGUUCGCCCGAUGGCAUGUGGCCUAACUCAGAUCAACCGUGGACAUCUGUCCCAUCGAGUAACACUAUAACCUCCCCGAAUAACUCGGAAGCUCCGCAAGCUCAUUACAACAUAGAUCAGACCUUGAAUUCUGUCGGGCAAGCACUUUCAGCAUUCUCACUCUCCCUCCAGCGUACAAUAACGGCCUGUGCAAUGUGCUUGGAAGAAUAUCAGUCCAGCGAUCAAGUUUUGGUUUUGCCAUGUCAUCCUUCACACUUCUUUCACCGAGACUGUCUUCGGGACUGGUUCAAGGAAUAUCUUAAUUGUCCAUUAUGCCGAAAGAAGUUUGGCCCACAGUAG